UCACGACCGCACCUCCCAUGACAGCCUUGGAAAACAAGACAACCGAAGACAAACAAACAGGGAAGCAGAAGGAAAACAGCGGACUCUUAUUGACUGAAAUUGUUAAAGGAAUUUACUGUGGCGCACCGUGCGUAAAAAGCGCACUGGGCACUUUGCUGCGCGCUUGAAUUCAUUAGUAAAGUUUGUUUUGUUUUUUUGUUUGUUUUUUUUUUGUUUUGUGUUUUUAUUUGACGAUUACAGCUUGUUUUUGGAUUUUCACCCCCACGGGGCUGAAUAGAUAAUGUUGAAAAUGACAGAGGAGCACGACAAGUGUGUCAGCGACCAGCCCUGCAGUCCAUCAGGCACGAACAGCUCCAUGUCCCAGGACGAAUCCGACUCCGACGCUCCGUCCUCUCCGACGGGAUCCGACGGCCAAGGAUCCCUGCUCACCGGUUUGGGCAAGAAACUGGACUCCGAGGAUGACGACCGGUUCCCAGCUUGCAUACGGGACGCCGUUUCUCAGGUGCUGAAGGGAUACGACUGGUCCUUGGUGCCCAUGCCCGUUAGAGGGAACGGAUCCCUGAAGAGUAAACCCCACGUCAAAAGACCCAUGAACGCGUUCAUGGUGUGGGCGCAAGCGGCCCGCAGAAAGCUGGCGGAUCAGUAUCCACACCUGCAUAACGCCGAGCUGAGCAAGACGCUGGGGAAACUGUGGCGUUUGCUCUCAGAGAGUGAAAAGAGGCCGUUUGUAGAUGAAGCAGAGAGGCUUCGGGUUCAGCACAAGAAAGAUCAUCCAGACUACAAGUACCAGCCUCGGCGACGGAAGAAUGUGAAACCAGGCCAGAGCGACUCAGACUCAGGAGCAGAACUGGCACACCACAUGUAUAAAGCUGAACCAGGAAUGGGAGGACUGGCAGGGAUGACUGAUGGGCACCACCACCCUGAACAUGCAGGGCAGCCCCACGGUCCCCCUACACCACCCACUACUCCCAAAACAGAUCUGCACCACGGGGUGAAGCAAGAUCUGAAACAUGAAGGCCGUCGUCUUGUUGACAGCAGCAGGCAAAACAUCGACUUCAGCAAUGUAGACAUCUCUGAGCUCAGUACUGAUGUCAUCAGCAACAUGGAGACCUUUGACGUGCACGAGUUUGACCAGUACCUCCCGCUCAACGGCCACGCCUCAGGCUCCUCCACCCUGCCCUCAGACCACAGCCACGGGCAGGCUCCAGCACCCGGCGGCUCUUACCCUUCCUCAUACAGCCACGCAGGUGCCAACGGGUCAGCGUGGAGUCGCAAGACCGCCAUGUCCUCCUCCUCUUCCUCCGCCAGCGAGGUGGGCCAGCACCGGCUCCAUAUUAAAACGGAGCAACUGAGCCCCAGCCACUACAGCGAGCACUCCCACGGGUCACCCUCGCACUCCGAUUACGGCUCCUACAGUAGCCAGGCCUGUGUCACUUCGGCCACGUCAGCUGCCUCGGCCGCAGCCUCUUUCUCCAGCUCCCAGUGUGACUAUACUGACCUGCAGAGCUCCAACUAUUACAACCCAUACUCUGGCUACCCUUCUAGCCUCUACCAGUACCCUUACUUCCACUCAUCCAGGCGGCCCUACAGCAGCCCGAUCCUUAACAGUCUCUCCAUGGCUCCUGCCCACAGCCCCACCGCCUCCAGCUGGGACCAGCCCGUCUACACCACGCUGUCUCGACCCUAAGGGGACAACAAACACUCAGUUCGUACCAGAGACUCAUUCAGAUUGAUGCACUACUAAUGAAGGACGCGAGGCGCAGGUGGAGAAGUGUGUGUAGGUGGUAGUAGGCUACCUGUGACCAUUUGAACAUGAAACAAAAGAAAAAGUGCCUGCUGAUUUUAUACAAAGUUAUAUUGUUGCGACGAAAACACACUUAGACUUUUUUCAAAGACAAAUUGUGUUGUUGGUGAGCCAAACUCCUCCAUGAGGACAUGUCACCUACGCCUACAUCUUGUACACCCCCCAACCCCCCACCCCCCUCCGUCUUUCCAGUUUAAGGUUGCACGUGUGUGCACACUUGAGGUAAAGCAAAGGCCUGCCUUGUGUAGGAGAGAAACGGUUUGGCCCGGGAUUGUUGUGAAGCAGAUGGAGAAGCAGAUACUUUGGAGAAUGUACACGGGACCAAUUAUGUGAAUUUGCAGUAAAAUUUACAUGAAUGGCCAGAGCUAUAUCACAGCAUAUUUGGCCAUUUGCAUUAGUGGAUCAGUCUUAACUAAAUGGCUCAUAUGAAUCUUAUAGUGUCAUUUUGACAUAAAAGUCUUAUAUGUAUUUAUGUUCAUGCAUUAUUGGUUUCUUUUUUUCUUUUGUUCUUACGUAGAUAAACACAUGUAAUGUGGGUUUGGUUAUUUACAGUACUGUUUGGCUUUCAUUGAAAACAAGGUAAAUGAAGUGAAGGACAGCAGAAGCUCAGUGCAUUUCAUAUCAUUCCGUUUAAGACCAAUUUCCUGUCCAAUUUCCACACUUUCCUGUCUCCAUUCCCAAUUGCAAGAAAACAGAGCAGGACCAACAGACUCGCACAGGACAGAACAGGUGUCUGAAAGCUAUGCUUGGCAAAUUGCGAUUAGUCAUGAUCUAGGGUUAAAGGAAAUGGGGUAAAAUAACACCACACACUCUGAGUGACAUGUCAGCUGGACCUCUUGUAUAUGUGGAUGGACAACACACGGAUAUGUGUACGUACAUGCAUCUGUGUGUGUGUGUCAGGGAGAUACAGUUCAUCUGUAUGUGAGAGCCAUUUUCUUGGGCAAGAAAUACAUAUCCCAUGACAUAAUACGCACCAAUGAUACUUAAAACAUCUCUUUUACUGGAAAUUAUCUUUGAACUUUAUCCGUUAUUCAAAGAAGAGUGUUUAGGGUUUAAAGAGUAAAUUCAGUGUGUGAGUAUAUGCCCAAAUUGAUCUCAUCAACCAUCACGUGCCAACUCACUGCUUCAGUCUUGCGCAAAAUGUUUUUUUUUUUGUGCCUUCUAAUGCUUAUUGUCAGUAUUUCAAUAUGAAAUUGAAUUUAUUAACAAACUUCAGGCAGCACACAAUCAGUAAUCCACACCCGACACUCCUACAGUUAACCCGCUCCUGAUUGUAUCCUUAAUUUGACGUCAUUCCUCACAGCCUCGGUUUGUAAUGUUCUGUGAGAUGCUGUAUGAGAAGCGUACAGAGCCACAUGCUCCAGGUUUUGUCCACAGAACUGUAUUUUGUAUAUUAUUCUGGUGUAUAAUUUUGAGAAAGGCUGUGAAAAUUAUUGUUGUUCUAUUAACUACAGUUUCAUUCACACAUACACAGCUAACCCAUUCGCUGGCCAUUUUUUAAAAAUAAAAAAAGAUACUUUUUCUUGA